AUUAAGUUAAUUCUGCAAAAUGAAAUUCGUUUGGAUACUUUUCAUAACUAUUCACUGGGCAAUAAUCAUUAAUGGAUUGGAUCAAGAGGAUAAUGAUUUUGCCGAUUUUGAGUUUUACGACGACGAAGCAGCAACAGUUGAAGUGAACAAAGCUCCAGGAGCUAAAGGAGGUGCAAAGGACACAAAAACAAAUGAAGAUUUCAUCGAACUUGAUGAUAGUGAUGAUGGAAUUGUUGAGGACGAUGAAUUUGAUCAUUUCUCCGAUAAAGACGAAUUUGAAGGUUUCGCUGGGUCAGACGAUGCUUUGCCUUUAGAUAAGAAAACGAAAGAACCCAAAUUGACAAUAGCCAAAGUCCCUUUACAUUUUCGUAAAUGGGAUUCUUAUUGGAUUGAAAUGUUAUUCUUAUUGGGUUUGAUGGUUUACUUUGUGAACUACGCGAUGGGUAAAAGCAAGAAUGUCAAGAUCGCCAAUGCCUGGUUGAAUGCUCACAAAAGUUUCUUAGAAGAGAAUUUCGCUCUUGUUGGUGAUGACGGCAAAAAAGAAACAGAUUAUUCAGAAACAGGAAUUAUGUUGAAAGAAUCAGAUUCCGUCUUCACUUUAUGGUGUUCAGGACGUGUUUGUUGUGAAGGGAUGUUAGUUGAGCUUAAAUUGAUCAAACGACAAGAUUUAUUGUCAUUAACAAUAGGACUUUUAAGUGCAAAAAAUCAAGAUCAAGUUGUUGUUAAAGCUGAGAUUAGUAAAGAUUCAAUGGAUUCGUUUGUUUUUGCUGUUUCCACUAAAAAGUGUGCAACAAAAUUAUUCAAAGACAUGAGUGAUUUGAAACAAUAUUGUGUGUCUGUUGCUAAGGCUGAUGAAAAAUAUAAUCUUCCAACUGGAUACUCAGUUCUGUCGGAACUUGCAGAAGCUUCUUCUGCCAUUCUUGAUGCUCGUCUUGUUGCCAUGCUUCAUAAAUACAAUAAUGUUAUUGAAUCUAUUCAUAUUUCUGAUCAAUAUGUUGGUGUUCAAGUUGAACAAGAAGGACCCGUCAUGAAACAACCGGAAACAAAGAAAAUGUUGAUCGUUUCAUUUUUCAUAUCGGAAAAGACUGACAUGGAGGAAUUCCGACCACUUUUGCAGCUAGUCAUUUAUUUAAUAGAUAAAUUGAAGAGAUUUAAAUUGUCACGUGAGGGUAAAAUGAAAGCAGAAAAGAAUCGUAUGCGCGUUGAAGAAGAGUUCUUGAAGAGCUCUCAUGCAUUACGUAUGGAGGCAGCAGCUCAGAAAAAGGAAGAAAAACGCAAGCAAGAAAAGGAGAAGAUCAUGAAUGAAGAUAAUGUCGAGAAGCAAAUCAAGCUUGAACGUAAGAUGAAGCGUAAAGAUGCUAAGAAAGCAAUGCCAAAAAUGAAAUCAAUGAGUAUUCACUUGUAAACUUGGUUGUUCAAUAAUUUAUGUUUUAUGCAAUCAACAUUAAAUACAAGUGCAUAAAUAUGUGUAGUUGAGACAUUUUUUGGAGACAGGUUAACAAAUUAUAAUAAAGUGGAGAACCAUAUGAGGAAAAAUGUUUAAAUAUUUCAGUUUUCUAAUCCCCUGACUUGAAUAACACUCGAAUUAUCGACAAAUGAACUUUCAAGUUUCAUAUUUAAAUCCACGACAAUUUUACAGAAAUUAUUGUUACGAAUGUCUGUAAAGUCAGCAAGAAAAAUGUUUGGUGUUGGUUUUUCACCUUUUUUAAACUCUCCCGGAGUUUGUGCUUUAAUCCAUUCACUUAAAUUUUUAUCAACUUUCUUUGCACACGCUCUACGCAAACUUGAAUAAAAUCGGAAAGUAAUGAAACGCACGUCAGGAGUUAAAAUGCAUUGAGUUAUGAAUCCUUGGUGUGGAUGUCGACCAGAUAAUCUUUGCUCAAGAAAUUCUUUGAGUGAUCGAAUACUCGUUGCAUUUGCCCAUGGUGUUGGGAAUUCAUGAGAUGAGAAAAAGGCUUCAAUUGUAAAUAAAUUUUUACGAUAAAUAAUUAUUAAUUGCUUUCCCAAAGAAUGAGCUGUGCCGAGAGUUAAUUGAUUGAGAAGCAACCCACGAUUGCGUUCAAAUAUAAUUUCACGAAAUAAGUUAAGUAUGAGUAUAAUAAGUUUAUGAUGAUUUUGACGACUAAAGUUAUAAAAGUGUUGAAAGUCCAAAAUCACAAACUCCUUCGGAUGUUCACGCAGAAACUUUAACAAUUCGUUGAAUGGUUGGGUAACUUCUUCACAAAAAAGUCCAUGAACAAAGUAAACUUUUUCAUCUUCUUCAUCAUUUGCUGCCACUCUUAAGUCAAAAUACCUUAUACCACUGUUGAGUUGAUCUCUAAAUGAAAACUUUUGUGUUUUCGCCCAUCUAAUAACAAAGCAAGGAAUGAAUGGAUAAAUCUUCUUUACAAUAUCCUCUGCGUCUGGUGCAAGUUUUGAUUUGGAAUUAAUUCCGUAAGUAGCCGAAUCGUGACUUCCUGGUAUUGCCAAAUAAAUUAUGGGCACAUUUCUUCUUACCGGUUCGGGAAUAUUUGUCAUCCAAUUUUCAAGAUCAGCUGAUAACAUUUUAUUGCUUUUUUUCUUAACAAUUUAAAAUUUUAACAACAGCAACUUGCUAAGGAAAACAAUCGACUACAGU